AUGGCUUCAGAGAGGGGGGGUUCCGUAUCGGCCUAUCCCUCAGAAAAUGAGUCAGCCUAUAGCCCACGAUAUAUCGAUAUCGGUAUCAACCUCGCAGAUCCAAUAUUCCGAGGCCAAUAUCAUGGCACUCAACGACAUCCUAAUGACUUAAGCGCCGUUAUAUCAAGAGCCCGGGAGGUUGGCUGUCAUAAACUCAUCAUAACAGGAUCCGACUUCACAACCUCCAGACAUGCUCUCCAGAUAGCCGAACAAUAUCCCGACAUCGUAUACACAACCGCCGGAAUUCACCCCUGCUCUAGUGCCAUAUUCAGCACAACACAUUCCCAUAUAGAUACAAAUGGGCAUACCAUGCCCUGUGAUCCGGACCCAUCCCAACCUAUCCCAGAAGACGACGAGCCUGAUGCCGGGAGAACGGAAUCAAUCAUCGGCGAGCUCCGGGAUCUAAUCGAGCAGGUACGGAGCAAUGGCACUGGUCCGAGUCCGCUAGUCGCUUUCGGCGAAUUUGGGCUAGACUACGACCGGCUACACUACUGCUCCAAGAAGAUACAACUACACUCUUUCGCCGCGCAACUCGAUCUCGCCGCAUCCCUAAAGCCACAAUUACCGCUUUUCCUACACUCACGUGCCGCACACGCCGACUUCGUAGGCCUACUAAAGGACAAAUUCGGCCCGCGCCUCGAACGUCUCGAGCGCGGCGCCGUUGUCCACAGCUUCACAGGCACCGCGGAAGAGAUGCGGGAAUUAGCUGACCUAGGCCUAUAUAUAGGUACCAAUGGCUGCAGUUUUAAGACUGCUGAGAACUGCGCCGUGGUACGCGAGAUUCCCCUCGAUCGCCUUAUGCUCGAGACCGAUGGCCCCUGGUGUGAAGUCCGACCUAGCCACGAGGGUUGGAAGCAUCUCAUUGAGCCACCCAAACCGGACCCAAGUGCUGCUACAACUGCAAAUGGAACUGAUACCCCCGCCACUAGAGACAUCCCAUUAGAACCAGUAAAACAACAGUCUAAGGGCAAACAACAGCAGCAAUCCAAGAAGCCCAAGAAAAAGGAACCCGAAGUCCCGGAGCGCUUCAAAGUUGUCAAAAAGGAGAAGUGGGUUGAGGGCGCUAUGAUAAAAGGACGCAAUGAGCCCUGUAUGAUCGAGCGGGUUGGUAAGAUCGUCGCUGGUAUUAAGGGCGUUACGGUGCAAGAUGUAUGUGAGGCGGCUUGGCGGAAUACAACUAAGGUCUUCCCGGUAGAUGAAUAG